GGAACAUAGGUAAAGGAAAAUAGUGUAUUUGUCUCCUCGCCGGCGACCAUGACGGGCCCCGGCUGGCGUGCGCUUCCAGCUGCUCUUUUGUGUUUGUGUUUCGCCUCGGUUUGCGCAGAAGACCCAUCAGCUGGGCGAAAGGAGGCUGCCCGCGGAGGCCUUCCCUUGACCUUCGACCAGCCUUUCGUCUACGAGAAUGGCGAGCGAUGCGGGGCGGACACUGGAUGCCUCACCUACACCUUGAUCGGCGAGCGCGCCGGCGAGGACGCCCUGGGGGCCUUCUAUGAGGUCGCGGAGUGGACGCGGACGCAGGCGGGCACCACGGUCAUCUUCGCCAGCAGGACUUACGGCGAUGGCACGCAGGUCUUCAAGCAGGAGUUCCCCGACGGUCUCAGAGGCACAAGCACGGGCGACAAGGACCUCGUCAGCACAGCCUACCCGCGCGUGGUACUGUCAGCUGACCCCGACCUGCGCUACAUCACUCCGGGCGGGUACAUGGCCGGCUGGACGCUCCUGGCACACGGCAGCACGCGCGAGGACCUGGCCCGCUUCCGCGCCGGCGAGGACGGCGGCCUCGUCGUCCUCCACCGCGCGUCGGACUCCGGCGCCGCGGACAGCGCCGUCAUCUCGGCCCUCUCGAACGCCAUGGCCGUCAGCGUGAGCCUGGACCGCGAGGCUUCGAGGCUGGACUGGGGCGUGCAGGGACUCGCCGAGGAAAUCCCCCCGGGGUUCGCCCUCGAGGUCAUCCUCCACCCCCACGCGCAGUCCGUCGUCAGGAAUAUCAUGUCUUGGGGACUGAGCCUGAGGAAGUACCACUCCACCGUGAAGAUACCAGACCCGACGGCCGAGUACUUGAGCUAUUACACUGACAACGGAGCCUACCAUUACUACAACCCUCUCCCCUUCACCAACUUCCGCGAUGCUGUUCUGGAUGUGUACAACCACUCAGUGAAGAAUGGUGUUCCCAUUAGGUACCUGCAGCUGGACUCCUGGUGGUACCACAAGGGGGAGGGCGGAGGCGUCAAGAACUGGACCGAGAUACCCUACCUCCUCCCCGACGGUAUUGGUACCCUUUACGAGACCACCGGCUGGCCAGUCAUCGCUCAUAACAGGUACUUCAGCAGCGACACCGACUACGCGCGCCAAAAUGGAGGGCCCUACGCCUUCACCAUCGACAGCGCCACUUCGAAGGCCCUUCCCCUGGAGGAGGCGUUCUGGGACGACCUCCUCGACGACGCGCUGACGUGGGGCCUCGCCACCUACGAGCAGGACUGGCUGGAUCGUCAGUACAUGUACACGAGCGCCCUACACACCGACGUCGACCUGGCGGGGCGAUGGCUGGACCAGAUGGGCGGUGCGGCGCUCGAGCGUGGGAUCAGUGUCCAGUACUGCAUGUCCCUCACGCGCCACCUUCUGUAUUCCGUCACCCUUCCCGCCGUCACGCAGAUUCGAGUCAGCGAUGAUUACAUGCUCAGUCCGGACCAGUGGCGCAUCGGCGUGACAAAUCUCCUCGCCUACGCCCUUGGUCUCAAGCCCUUCAAGGACGUGUUCUGGUCCUCGAAGGAGAAUGCCAACAACUUCUUCAAGGACUGCGAUCUGGCCCUUCCCGAAAGCAUCUGGCACCCCUUGGCACUUAGGCACAGAUACGGAGGAAGGAUCAACGUUACGGCGUCCGGCAAGGCGUGCGUGGCGUGGGCGGACUUCGGCUGGGAUGAUAAGUACUACGGCAGCGGCAUGGCCCUUAACCUCUGCCGCAACCCGGAGGACUUGAGGGACCGCCCCUUCUGCUACACGAAGGCCGGCUUUGAUAUCCCCGAAGAGGAGUGGGAGUGGGAGUACUGCGCCGCCCCCGUCUGCGACGUCGACUGCUACUUCGGCGACGGAGCCUUCUACAUCGGCAGCCACAACGUGACGCAGAGCGGCCUCUCGUGCGUGGACUGGGCGGGCGAGUUCGGCCUCUCCGGCGCUCGCUGCCGAAACCCCGACGGCGACGUCGCCCCCUGGUGCUUCGUCGCGGAGGACCACUCACAGCGGGACUACUGUGACAACGAGUGCCCUGAGGCCGUCGAGUACAGCCCCGAGCUGCAGAGCGCCGUCUCGACCCUCGCCGGAGGGCCUCUGGGCGUGGGCGACAAGGCGCAGAACCUGAACGUCGAGCUCAUCAUGAAGUCGUGCAACAAGGAGGGCCUGCUCCUCCACCCAACAAAGCCCGCAACGGUCAUCGACCUGUACUUCAUGUCGCCCGAAUACCGGGAGGUCUGGACGGGAUACAGCACCGUCGGCGACUACACCUUUGGCUUCAUCUUCCUGGCGGAGGUCGAGAAGCCCCUGUCUCUCUCGAGCUUUGACCUCAACCUCGACGAGGCCUUCCGCACCGACGUCCUCCUGUGGCAGAAUUACCCGGAAGGAUCCUCGCACCAGCAGCUCGUCGGGGCAGGCGAGGGCGUCCUCCUCCCGUCGUGUGGAGGCUUCCUCAACUUCUGCCUCUUCUACACGUCGCCUGCCAUCAACGCGGGGGGCAAGGACCUCUUCAUCCUGGGCGAGAGGAGCAAGUGGGUGCCUAUCUCGCCGCAGAGGAUUUCGGACGUUGAGGUGACGACGGCGGGCGUCUCGGUGUCCGUCUCGGGCGUCGAGGGCGAGAGGGUCGUCCUGUCCUUCUCUGACGGGGAAAUCUUUGACAUCGCUUGCGAUUUCCAGGCGAGUGGGACCAUGACAAUCGAUGUCUCCUCCCGCGCUUGCAGUUAGCGGAGUGCAGUUAUGGGCUCCCCUAAAUUGCAAUCCGAACGUGCUCUCAGUUCGCAAAUGAGAUUCAAUAAAUAAGAUUGAUUAAAA